AUGGCGUCGUCUCUCGCGGCGCAGCUGGCGCAGAUCGCCGCCAAGUCCAAGAUCUCGCUCGACGUCAAGGCGCAAAAAGCCGCCCAUUCCAAGUCACUGCUGUUUGAACCGCGUGUCGCCGCUUCCCAGAGCUUCCAGUCCGUAUACGUUAUCUGCCGCGAUGGCUUCGACGAGCUGUGCCAGUUGGACGAGCGCUUCGUCCCUUUCGGCAACACUCUCUUCAGCGAGCUGAGCCAGGACGAGGACCGGACCAUGAUGGACGAGGCCGAGAACAAGGAGCUGGACCGCAAGAUAGAGUCCUUUUUGCGUCUCAGUGGCAGCAGACUACGGCUUCUGCCGGCGAUCAAGUCGAUUGAGUGGCUGAUUCGGAGAUUCCGCAUUCACGAGUUCAACACAUCGACACUCAUCACAACAUUCCUCCCUUACCAUUCCAUCCCUGUGUUUGUGACACUCAUGUCCAUCCUGCCCUCAAAUUUGCCAUACGAGUACCGCUUCCUGAGCCCCUACAUCCGCUCUCUGACGGCCCUGCCCCGCGCUGCCAUUGUGCAGCACGCAACCCAGCGCUUCGACUUCCUCACCACACUGUCCUCGUACACCCUCGCGGCUUGCCACACACAGCAGCACUACCCGGGCCUUAUCACCUUCUGGGGCGGCGUCAUGACCGAGUCCAUCAACGGCAUGCUGGACGCCCUCAGGUCGGGCCGCAGAAGCGUCCAGGCGGACAACGACCAGUCCGUCCUGCAAAAGGUUGGCCCCGUUCUCGGUGAUGCUCUCAUGAUCCGGGAGGCGCCCGGUGUCCAAAUUGCUGCCUACAUGGCUGUAUCCGUUUUUGUGUCCAAGGCACAGGUUGCCGACUUGGCCAUCACUGCGUUUAUGGAGCAGGUGGUCAUGGGAUGGACCUCUGAGACGGCCAAGCCCGGUCUCGUCUGUCUCUCGAUCCUCGCCCAGCAGCGUUCGGCGAAGCAGCUGUCCCGCAAGGUGGCAAAAGCUGUGCUCAAGGUGCAGGACCUGCCCCAUCUGCUUGUGGAGAUUGGCAAGCAGCGGCGCAUCGACAAGCUGGCCAACGGCCUGGUCCUCGCCCUGACGGACCGCCUGGCCAAGAAAGCCGCUGUGCGCGGCCUGCCCAUUAUCAAAUCGAUUAUUCUUGGCGGCAUCUUGCAGGACAAGCAGCUUGUUGUCGCCUUCAAGUCGCUGCUUCUGGCGGCCCACGACAUCACCGACGAGACGGACCCCGACGGCAGCGUCCGGAAAGAGCUGGGCGCGACCCUGAUUGUCCUGUCACAGGCGCCCGAGAAUGCCGGUGGCCUUGUUAUCCGCAAGGUCAUUGAGGAGGUCGAUUUCGACAUUGAAGAGCUGGAGCUAAAGCUGGAUGCCACGAUUCGUCCCAAGCUGCUGCUUGACUCCGCUGCCGCCAACGAACCCGACACGGCAAUGGCUGAUGGUGCUGAGGAGACGCGCACCUCCAUUACAAAAGAAGAUCUGGAUGCAACGGUCGAGCGCUUGUCCACUCUGACGCGCCCGUCUUCCUGUCUCGCCCAGGACCCGAACGGCGUGUUUGAGCAGUUCUGCCAGCUCUUCCUGGCGACGGCAUCCUACGACAAGGCCGAGCUCGAGAAGCUGGAUGCCGCACCCCUGCUCGGUCGUGCCGACGCCGUGUCCGACCAUUUUUACUUUACAUUCCUCAUCCGCAUCUGGUCUGGACCCUACCCGACACUCGCACGUGUAGCCGCCCUCGACAUGGCCGCUGCACGCCUGCGCCUGGACGACUGCUUCGGUGUCGACUUCCAGGCGGUCCUGCCGUAUAUCAUCGCCGCUCUGAGCGAUCCGGCUAAGAAGGUCCGCCGCGCUGCCGCUGGCUUUCUCGCCGAGGUGAAGCGGGUCUCGCCGCUGAAGGAGACCAAGAGCACGACGGGCAAGAACCGCUGGGGUGCUACGGAGCUGUACGCGGAGCAGGCCGACCUGUCUUGGCUGACGUUUGACGCGAGAGCCAGCCUGCUUGACGUUCUCCUUGGCUCGGCUGAGGAGGCCAUUCUCCACGAAGAUCACGUCCCGGCUGUGCUUGCUGACGUCCUCGACAAGUCGAGCAAGGCGGACGUAUCAAGCAGUGGCGGCGAGCAGGUUCGGCUCUCACAUGGUGUGCGGUUGUCGAUUCUACAGUUCCUCGCUAGCCACGCUGUCCUUACACCUGUCAUCAACAUUAAGAUCCGUUUGCUCAAGGCGCUCAAUGAGGUGCGCGGCGUUUCUGGCACGACUCGUACGCAGGUCCUCCUCCCCCUGCUGAACAGCUGGGCCGCUCUCAGCGCCGAGGAAGCUUCUGCCCUUGUCGCAAAGGAGGCGCUGGACGAGUCUAUUGUCGAUAGUCGAAGCGUGGAUGUCGUCAUUCCCAACGACACCUCCGCCCUGGAGACCCUGUUUGGUAUCAUCCAGAACAGCAACGGCCACAAUCGGCCGAACCUGAUCAGCUGCGUCUUCAAGAGAAUUCGCAAGAUGUGGCCAGUCAUGAAGGAAGACUUCCGGAACGUGAUUGCGCAGUUUAUGUUGGAGCAGGUGCAAAAGCCGCCGGCAGCUGGCACGUCGUCGGAUGAUCUGGAUAUUGCCGCCGAGGAGGCCACCGACUUGCUGUUUAACGUGGAGCUAAGCACACAGAUUCUGACUAGCUUUUUGGAGACGCUGCAGCAGAGCGCAAAGAUGGCCACCGACGCGCCUCCUAAUAAGAGACGCAGGACGAGCUCUUCCGAGCACAACCGUGGCCAGCGGAUCCAAGCCAAUAGCGAACUCCGUCUCCUGGUGAACCGUGCUACUUUUAUCCUCCAGCUCGUCCAGGCCUCGAAGCCCGCCGAGCACCCUGAGCUGCUUCCCGGCCUUUUUGUCGUUCUCUCGGACCUUCAGAUCCUGCGCUCGUACGUUGGCUCUGAGCUCGGCUACCUGCAGAACGUGGUUCUCAGUUGCUUGCUGGCCAUGAUGCCUGUCUAUCAGAGUCACAAGAACCUCAAGAUUGAUACGACCGUCGGCCACGGCGACGUAUUGGUCAACUGCAUCCACAAGUCCUCAAGCCCCGCUGUCCAGAACACAGCGCUGCUGCUGGUGGCCAGCCUGGCCAAGACCGCGCCCGACGUCGUUUUGCACAGCGUGAUGCCCAUCUUUACGCUGAUGGGCACCUCUGUGCUGCGCCAAAGCGACGACUACUCCGCCCACGUGGUGAACCAGACCAUCAAGGAGGUUAUCCCGCCGCUCAUCGACACCUUCAAGAAGGGCAAGCGCAACAUCGUGGUAAGCGCUUCGGACCUGCUGUCCAGCUUUGUCAUUGCGUACGAGCACAUUCCGUCGCACCGCAAACACGACCUGUUUAUUUCGCUGAUCGAGAACCUGGGCCCCAACGACUUUUUGUUUGCCAUUCUCGCCAUGUUUGCCGACCGCUAUGGCACGGCCGACAGCACGUGUGCCUUCUUGACCGAGCUCAUCGGCUCGUUCCCGGUCGAGGUCCAACUGCAGUCGCUGACCAAGUUCGUCUCGCUGGUGGGCGAUAUUUUCAAGCCCAAGCCCAGCCUGUCUGCGACGCUUCUCGGCAAACGGGAAGACGACGGCGAGGUCGACUUGCAAAAGUCCGCUGUGAAGGAGUUGACGCUGCUGCCCCAGCUGCUGUCUAACCGUCGCCUCAAGGAUGGCAUCUCGCGCCUCGAGGAGGCUGAUGACGACAUGGAAUCGGCCAAGAUUCGCGAGCUGUACAUCCAGCUGCUCGAGGAUAUUCUUACCCUCGCCGACACUGUCAAAACCCAUGGCAGCGCUGGUAAGAAGCAGACCCUGCACAACCGGUGCGGUGAUGCUCUGGCACAGCUGCUCAACCUGCAGUCCAUUGGCGAGUUCAUCAAGGCCGUGGAGGUCCUGCUGGACCGCCCCAACAUGAGCGUGCGCCAAAAGGUGUUGCGUGCGCUCGAGGUCCGUGUCGACGAGGAGCGUGUUGCCAGCGUCCAGUCGCGCGUGGCACUCCUUGCCUUCCUGCCGCAGUUGACCGCCGUGAUCCGAGACUCGACCGACAUUGCCUACAAGCAUACCGCAAUUACGUGCGUUGACAAGAUUGCGGAGAAGUACGGAUCCCGCGAUCUCGAGGCCGUCACUGCUGCCGCCGCGGCCAUUGCCGGUGAUGCCUGCCUCGGUCAGGCCGACCCGCGCCUGCGUGUCAUGGCUCUGCUGUGUCUUGCCUCGCUUGUGGACGUGCUGCACGACGCAAUCGUCCCGAUCUUGCCCACGGCUAUUCCUCGUGCGCUGAGCUACCUCAAAGAGAGCUUGGAGGGCAAAGCUACUGACCCUGAAAACAUUGCGCUGCACAAUGCUGCCUACGCGCUGAUGAUGGCGCUGGCCCAGCAUCUGCCAUUCAUGAUCACGAGUGCCAACCUCGACAAGCUGGUUGUGACCUCGUUUGCAUCGGCCGAAGCGGGUCUUGAGGACGACGACGACAACGAAGCCAACACGACCCGUCUGACCUGCCUGCUGCUGCUCGCAAAACAGGUCGAGCCAAAGACCAUGCUGGAUGUCCUCCGUCGCAACUGGCCCAUCGCUGUGCGGGCUGGCCAAUCGGCCACGCUAGAGUUUGUACAGGUCUUGACGGCCGUCAUCGACAAGCACGGCAAGUCGUCGAUUGUAAAGAACCUGCCGGUGCUCUCUGUCAUUCUCCAGAAUACCUUUGACCUUCGUCGCGAGUCGCGUGUUAGUGGCCAAAUUCUGGCUGCGGUGCCGGCAAAGGCCACGGGGAAGACGGGGAAGUCGGGCCAGGCCACUGAGAAGCGCCUGGCCGAGAUCGAGGCGGCUGUCAACACGGCUGCCCUGCACAUGGUCUUCAAGCUCAACGACAGUACCUUCCGCCCUGUGUUCGAAGACCUUAUGCAGUGGUGCGACCACGGUCUGCCACAACUGGACGUCCUGGGCCGCUGCCUGCGCCAGCAGAGCGUCUAUGGAUUCCUGUUCCUGUUCUUUGACCGCCUGAAGUCGGCCGUCACGCCCUACGCCGCGUACUUGGUCGACGGUGCGGCUGCGGCGCUGCGGGCUGCCCGCAUCGGAACUAGCCUGGAGGACCGUGCCCUCUGGUCCCGCAUUCUGCAGACCCUGACGGCCGCGUUUGAGUACGAUGAGGGCAACAGCGACAAUUCCAACGCCGCCGGCGCCGCCAACGGUCAUGGCAGCGGCGGCGGCUUCUGGCAGGUGCCGACUCACUUUUCGGCUGUGGCGCCGGCUCUAGUCGAACAGUUUGCCAAAGCCAAGGAUCUUCACAACAACGGCGCGCCGGGACUCACCGUCGAGUACUUGGUGCCCGCAGUUGUGGAGCUAGCCAAGGCUGCUCAUGCGGCGGACCACCAAAAGGAGCUCAACAGCCUGCUCCUGAAGCGUCUUCAGCACUCGACCAACACAGCCGAGCGCUUGGCACUGGUACAGUGCCAACAGGUGUUGGCUGAGGAGGUGGGCGAGGAGUGGCUGGCGAUGCUACCCGAGAUGCUGCCUUUGAUAAGCGAGCUGCAGGAGGACAGCGACGAGGCGAUCGACCGCGAGACGACGAAGUGGAUCCACAAGAUCGAGGAGGUGCUUGGCGAGAGUCUGGAUGCCAUGCUCCAGUAA